AUGGAUGAUGUAGUAAGAAUGUACAUCCGAUACACACUGAAUGGAAAACAAUUCAAUCCUGAUGUGGUUCUGGAUCUCAUACGUCUUAGGAAAGCAUCAAUGUUUGAAGAUAAUGAAGUUGCUGAAAUUCUGAAUCAGAUAUCAAGACGAAUUGUUCGGGAAAAAGUGGAUGAGCUCGAGGAGGUGUUCUACGAGGAGGAACUCAACCCCAUAAAGUACAUUCUGGCAAAUAUUUUGGAAGAAGUUGGUGAUGCCACCUAUUUCGAUAAGCAGGUCACAGCUGAUCUAGAGACGAUCUCCACAAAGAAAAUAUUGGGCCAGUUGACCUUCCACGGGCAUGCAUAUCAGAAUCAAAUCAAAAGCCGGAAGCUUCAAUCUUGCCUUAUUCACAUAGCUUUUCAAGAUCAAAUGAGGAUUUGCCUGAUGUGGCCCAUAGCUAGAUAUUUGCACGUGAUAGGUACUUCUUUUUGA